GCACGGAUUCGUUGGGGGAGAGUCCCCGAGUGCGCUGAGAUGUCCGUUGGCUGUCUGUUCUUGUUUCUCGCACGGGUCAUAUUAUUGUUGUAGCUACUUCUGGCCGCUCUGUGCUCCUCAUUUCUAUGGGAUUAAAUUUUCCACCUGUCCUUUGGCAUGGACAAUGCAAAUUACCUAUCUGACGCAGGCUUUACUGAGCCGCAGCUGGCCAAACAGAAGCUACAUAGCAAAAGGGCAUUUGAAUUGAUUGGACGGGCAUUGAAGCUUGAUGAAGAAAAUAAGACUGGCAACCGCGCGGAGGCGGUGCAGCUGUACCGUCUGGGUAUCGCGGAGCUGGAGCGGGGCAUCGCGGUGGACUGCUCGGGUCGCGGCGAGGACCGCCGUCGCGCCCAGCGCCUCCAGGCCAAGAUGCAGACCAACCUAGCCGUGGCCUCCGACCGGCUGGGCUUCCUCGAGCGUCACCUGUCGAGCACCGACGAGCCUGUAAGUUCUGCGAGGAAGAUAACGCCGGGAUCGGUACCUUCACGACGACCGACUGCUCUGACAUCUGGCGGCGGAAAGCCAGCUGCUGCGGGUCGCCGAAAGGUGUCGCCCUCCGUCCCGUCCGCCCGACCGCUGCCUGGAAGGGCGCCGGGCACCGCGCGGCGGCCCACCUCGACGUCCGGCCUCAAGGGCGUCGACCCCAAGCUGGCCCAGGUCAUCCUGGACGAGAUCAUCGACGCCGGCCCGGUGGUGACGCUCGACGACAUCGCCGGCAACGAGUCGGCGAAGCGGGCGCUGCACGAGCUGGUGAUCCUGCCGUCGGUGCGGCCCGAGCUGUUCACCGGUCUGCGCGCGCCGGCCCGCGGGCUGCUGCUGUUCGGACCGCCAGGCAACGGGAAGACGAUGCUGGCCCGGGCGCUGGCCAACGAGGCGUCCGUCACCUUCUUCUCCAUCAGCGCCUCCAGCCUGACCAGCAAGUGGCAUGGCGAGGGCGAGAAGCUGGUGCGGGCGCUGUUCGCCAUCGCCAAGCAGCUGCAGCCGUCCAUCAUCUUCAUGGACGAGGUGGACUCACUGCUGUCCGAGCGGCGGGAGGGCGAGCACGACGCCUCGCGCCGGCUCAAGACGGAGUUCCUCUGCCAGUUUGACGGGCUGGCCACCUCUCCUGACGAAAAGAUACUCGUGCUGGCCGCCACAAACAGGCCGCAGGAGCUGGACACGGCCGUGUUGCGCCGCUUCCCCAAGCGGAUCUACAUCCCGCUGCCGGACGAGGCGGCGCGCGUGGCGCUGCUGGGCCGGCUGCUGUCGGCGCACGGCCAGCCGCUGUCGGCGCGCCAGCUGCAGACGCUGGGCCGGCAGACGGAGGGCUACUCGGCCAGUGACAUCGCCGCGCUGGCUCGCGACGCCGCGCUCGGCCCCAUCAGAGAGAUGGACCAGGAGGAGGUGAAGCGAAUCGACCCCAAAAAGCUGCGCCACAUCAGCCUCGACGACUUCACCGACUCACUGCGGCGGAUCAGACGCUCGGUGGACGAGCAGGCGCUGGCGCAGUACGUCAAGUUUGGGCGAGAGUUCGGCGAGCUGCGGUCGUGAUGCGCCGCCGCCGACGGCCGAGGCGGCGCUCCAGAGACGCGGGCGGCCGGGGGACGAGGAUGGUGCCUGCCGGUGCCUGCUGCCGUG